AUGAUGUCCUCUACCAACGACGAGGAUCCUUUCCUCCAGGUCCAACAAGAUGUUCUCAACCAGAUGGCGAAUGCCCGGCCUCUAUUUGCAUCAUAUCUCCGGAUCCGCUCGCUUUCCACGGAUGCCAAUUCUCCUGAACUCGCAUCAGCUCGCUCCGAUCUCGAGUCCGCCUUGUCUUCCCUUGCCGACGACUUAGCAGAUCUGGUUGCAUCGGUUCGAGCUGUUGAAUCCGAACCCUCGCAAUUUGGGCUAUCACCACAUGAAGUCACGCGACGGAAACGACUCGUGCAAGAGGUUGGCGGCGAGAUCGAUGAUAUGCACGAUGAGCUCGCGAAAAAAGUGGACGCGGGCGAUUUACCUGACCCGAAUGCGUUUGCCAUUGAUGGUGAUGCCGAGGAUAACUACGCCGAGUUCGAGCAACAGCAGCAGAUGGAAAUGAUGCACGAGCAGGAUCAGCACCUAGACGGCGUGUUUCAAACAGUGGGUAACUUACGUCGCCAGGCGGAUGAUAUGGGCAGAGAGCUCGAGGAGCAGCGUGAGAUGUUGGAGGAGGUAGAUACUGUGGCUGAUCGCGUUGGUGGCCGGUUGGCAACAGGCGUUCAGAAACUUCAGUAUGUGAUGCGGCAGAACGAGGACCGAUACAGCAGUUGCUGUAUAGCGGUUCUGAUAUUCGUCCUCAUCCUCCUAUUGGUUCUCCUCCUAAUCCUGUGA